CGAAAGAAUCAAACAGUCAUAUAGUGGAUUACCGUCAGCAGAUUCAUAAUAAGCAAUGCAAAUAUUAACAAAUAAAGGAUCACUCUUUUUAAAUCAUCAUCUCUCAACUUUCCCAUUUCCGCUCUUGCAUAAUCUUUUUUCUCUCCAUACUUUCGCCACUCUCCUCUGCCCAUUGCUUUCCCAGACUCCCAUUAAUGGCGUCAGUAGAUCCAGAGCACAACGAAGAAGAACAAACUCAAGCGGAAGAAGAAGACACCGGUGCUCAAAUUGCUCCUAUCAUUAAACUUGAAGAGGUUUCUGUUACUACUGGCGAAGAAGACGAAGAUACUCUGCUCGAUCUAAAGUCGAAGCUUUACAGAUUUGAUAAAGAUGGCAAUCAAUGGAAAGAGAGAGGUUCUGGCACUGUUAAGUUUCUUAAACAUAAAGUUAGCGGAAAAGUUCGAUUGGUUAUGCGACAAUCUAAGACUUUGAAAAUCUGUGCUAAUCAUCUCAUUACUGCGGGUAUGACGGUUCAAGAACAUGCUGGAAAUGAGAAGUCUUGUGUUUGGCAUGCUAGUGAUUAUGCUGAUGGGGAGUUAAAGGAGGAGAUGUUCUGCAUCCGAUUUGCAUCUAUUGAAAAUUGCAAGAACUUCAUGGAGAUGUUCCAAGAGGUUGCGGAAUCACAAAAGAAGCAAGAGGAGAAUGAAGAUGCAUCUGCCACUGCUGAAGCUCUUGAGAAGCUGAGCUUUGGAGAAGAGAAAAGCAAGGACAAAGCUCCAGAGGAAAAAGCGUCUCCAGCAAACGAAACAGCUGCUUUAGAGGAGAAAGCUUCUCCAGCAAAAGAAACAGCUGCCCCAGCAGAGGAAACUAAAGCCGAGCUGAAAAAGGAUGACGUAGAGAAGAAGAGCGAAGAUUCAUCCCCUUGAUUCUAACUUUUUCAAGGUGUCCUUCAUUGUGCACUUAUAUUUUGGUAGUCAUUAUUUUGGUCCCAAAUGGGUUGUCGUUUAUUAUAGUUUUCUCAAGUAUUUUUAGGUCAUGAACAUGCACAUAGAGCUUUGCUUGUGUUUUAGUGAUUGGUAUUCCUUUUACUUGAGUGUUGAGGACUUUGUUCGAUUAUUAUAGUGUUGAUUGUCGAAAUCGUUCUUUCAUGAGGGGUUUUUUGCUAUAUGGUUUUAGACAUUGUUAAUUGAGAUGAUUUUUUUAUUCAAAUCACCUCUUAAACUUGAGGCUUUUAUUAUGCUCGCCUUGGGUGAUCGAGAGUGUUGUACCUUAUAGUUGAUGUACAUGUUCAUUCUAUCUUAUUGUAUGGUUAGUAUUUGGAUUUUGGGGUAUGUGAUAUCGUGUUUAAUUGCCAAUGUAGUGUUUGGAAGUCUAAACAGACUGCUUGUGUAGUGUAAGGCUUUCUGUUAGCCUUUGCUCGAGUUUUUACUGAUUCAAUAGGAGUAUGGGCAUUUUUUA